AUGGCCGUAAGGCUGAAUUUCGAGCACAACCUCAUUGAUGGAUUCAAGGCGUCAAAGUCGUGGAUCGCCAAUUUUGUGCGCGAAAGUGGUUUGAGGUCUAGGAAGGUGACACGCUUCGUUACAACAAGGAGUCUUCGUAGUAGAGGAGACGUGGAAAAGGAGGCGGAUGGCUUCGUGAGGCGUGUCAGAGAAGAAAUGAAGAAGUAUCCCUUAUCCCUAUUUGCUAAUGCCGAUCAGACUGGGAUAAACAAGGAAUUGGCCUCAAAGAGAACUCUUGCUCCAGUUGGCUCUAAACAAGUGAUGAGAGUGGUGCAGUCUGUCUCCUCGCUAACACACUCUUUCACGGCCAUGCCCCGAUACAUUCGUCGCAUCCACGACUAUUUGGCGCACCAAAAUAAUGACUUUGACGUCUUUCGCCGAGACAACAUUCUCAAA